AUGGUCUCCUUAGCAUUCUCGCUGGCCCCCGAGGCUCUGUACCAGCUGCACGAUGCUCUGACAUGCCUCGCCAAAUUUCAUGAAACGGUAGCCAUUGAGGCCGAAUUUGAUCAGCUUCGUUUGAGUGUGCUCAACUCUACCAAAACAGCCUAUGCGGCCUUUCUCUUUGAAGCAGAUGUCUUUUUUGAGUCCUACUCUUUUGAUAUGCCAAAAGCGUCGGGGAAUGUCCGUUCUGAUAGAUAUUGUUUUCAACUGUACCUUAAAGCCUUGCUCUCAGUAUUCAAGGGAAGACCCGGUGGACGAAACAAGGACACCGCGGUUGAACGCUGCGUGGUUGAGUUGCAUGAGCAUGAAAACCUCACAGAAUGCAGACUCGCCAUUAAGAUGAUCUGUGGACUUGGUGUUAUCAAGUCCUACAAACUCACUUAUGAGCCAACUACUGUUAAUCAUGCCGUCUUUGACAGGACGAAAACGACAAACCAGUGGAGGAUAGAUCCUAAAUUCUUGAGAGAGAUAACAGAUCACUUCAGCCCCUCAGCCGAGCAAUUGGAUGUUUACUCCGAUAACGGCAAGGUCAUUUUAACGAGCUUCACUACGAAGAUCACUGACGGGAAAGAGAUCCUCAAAAAGCCGGUGCAUACAUCGGUCGCCAUUGACAAGAAGGGCUUUGAAUAUUUCCUAGCGGAAGACAAUGUCCACAUUGCCAUCACCUUGAAGGACUUCAGAGCAGUAAUAGCACAUGCUGAAUCUUCGCAUUCGACAAUCACUGCUCGCUAUACCCGUCCAACCCGGCCCUUGCAGCUUGCGUAUGACUUCGGGGGCGUCAAGACCGAAUUCACCCUGAUGACAACGGGCGAAUCAGACAGUGACAUUCCCGGUUCCUCUCAUGCCCCGGAAUUAUCUGCAAGGCAGACGCCUGCUCCCGCCAAUGUUAGCCGGGCGAGCGCUGCGCCCAGUACGAGGCAUAUGCCUCCUCCGCGCGCCCGAUCUAUUCGACCUCUCACGGGGACUCCUGGGGUUUCUGCCCAUAACACAGAGCCAAAUACUGAAAGCCAGCGACCAUCUCCUGCAUCAAUCCAAUUUGACAGUCUGUUUGUGCCGGCGGAUGAUGAUAGGCAAUGGGAUGUCCCGAACGAGGAAGAAGAAGCCGAGGACCGGCUUGGCUGGGACGCAACUGGGGACCAGAUGUUCAAUGAGAGUCUCGGACCCCGUUUGCGAGAUAGCGAGCCUAGCAUGCCUCAUCAAGACACAAGCCAUGAAAACGAAAUGGGGAUUCCCCCAACACAACGUAUAUCACAGAUUCAAGGUCUUGGUCUUUUCGACUGA